ACCGACACUGAUAUUCCAGGCACUUGCGGCUCGUCUGCAGCGAUAGGAGAGAAAAGAGGAGAGAGAAAAGGAGAGCCUCACCUCCUCAAGCGGCGAGUGAGGCAGAGAGAGCGAAAGGAAAGAGAGACGGGAGAGCAGCGGCUGUGGUGGAGUUUUUUUUUUUAAACGUGCGGCUUGGACCUCCAGCGAAGGAGUGUUUAAUUGUCUGCGCUUUUAUCACAAAGUGUGUAAUUUCCCACAAGAAGAUUCGACAUGUCAUCGUCCGGUAAAGACAACAGCGGUGCCCCACACGCCAAUUACGUGGGACCUUACCGUUUGGAGAAGACGCUGGGGAAAGGACAGACAGGGCUGGUCAAGCUUGGAGUCCACUGUGUAACAUGCCAGAAAGUCGCCAUAAAGAUCGUCAACCGUGAGAAGCUCAGCGAGUCAGUACUAAUGAAGGUGGAGCGAGAAAUAGCUAUUCUGAAGCUCAUAGAACACCCGCAUGUUUUAAAGCUACAUGACGUCUACGAAAAUAAAAAAUACUUGUACCUUGUGCUAGAACAUGUGUCUGGUGGUGAACUGUUUGACUACUUGGUGAAAAAAGGCAGGUUAACACCUAAAGAAGCCAGGAAAUUCUUCAGACAGAUCAUGUCUGCUCUGGACUUUUGCCACAGUCAUUCCAUAUGCCACAGGGAUCUAAAGCCAGAGAACCUGUUGCUAGAUGAAAAGAACAACAUCAGGAUAGCAGACUUUGGCAUGGCAUCACUUCAGGUUGGAGACAGUCUGUUGGAAACCAGCUGUGGAUCUCCACAUUACGCAUGUCCAGAGGUCAUCAGGGGAGAGAAGUAUGACGGGAGGAAAGCAGACGUCUGGAGCUGUGGGGUCAUUCUUUUUGCUCUCUUGGUGGGUGCCCUGCCGUUUGAUGACGACAACCUAAGGAAUCUCCUGGAGAAGGUGAAGUUGGGAGUGUUUCAUAUGCCACACUUCAUCCCUCCGGACUGUCAGAACCUUCUCCGCGGCAUGAUCGAAGUGGACGCCUCGAAAAGACUAACGUUAGAACAGAUCCAGAAGCACACAUGGUACAUAGGGGGGAAAAACGAACCAGAGCCGGAGCAGCCUGUGCCCAGGAAGGUGACCAUCCGCAGCCUGCCCUCUGCAGACGACAUCGACCCAGACGUACUGGACAGCAUGCACUCCCUGGGCUGCUUCAGGGACAAAAACAAACUACUGAAAGACCUGCUCUCAGAUGAUGACAACCAAGAGAAGAUGAUCUACUUUCUGUUAUUGGACCGUAAGGAGAGGUACCCCAGUCAGGAGGACCAGAACCUUCCCCCUCGCAAUGAGAUUGAUCCGCCGAGGAAGCGGGUGGAUUCUCCGAUGUUGAACCGUCACGGCAAGAGGAGACCGGAGAGGAAGUCCAUGGAGGUCCUCAGCGUCACAGACGGAGGGUCACCUGUACCGGCCAGGAGGGCUAUCGACAUGACGCAGCACGGACAAAGUAAAUCAGUAUACAGUAAAAGCUUGGAUAUUCCUGACGCCAGUACAAAAUGCAGCAAAGAAGAAAGGUCGCGGUCUAUCAGCGGAGCCUCCUCUGGCCUCUCCACCAGCCCCCUCAGCAGCCCACGGCCUGUCAGAAAGUUUUGUGUACCGCCUCAGUCUCCAGACUUGUCCCAGUCCCCCAACACCAGCCCUUGUCCAUCCCCCGAGCCUAUUCCGAACCGCACAGGCCCGCGUAUCUCCACCCCCAACUCACUCGCUCCGAACUGUGAGCCUAUACCAGAAGCCCUCAACAAGACGCAGACGCUCCCUGCCAAGCCCAAAGUCGUCCCGAAGCCUCUCCAAGCCACACGAUCGAACCCGCUCCCCGAAACCUCCCCUGAUCCAGAAUCUGCAGCCAAAUCAGAGCCCUCCUCUCCCUGCCAGCUUCCAUCACAGCCGCCCUCUGCCUCCGUGCCUCCGACCCCUACUUCCCCAUCCUCCCCAGCCUCCCCCUUUUCCUCAUCCGUCACCAGCGUUCCCGUCCCGAACAGCCCCCAGGUACGGCGCUGCCAUUACGCUGCCAAUCCCCAGCUCUCUGUGCCCUUCAGCCCGGUGGUGCCCCUGUCGCCCAUCCGGCUGCACCAUUUCCACCCCGUGGCUUCGGUCCCCUCUCCUUUUACUGACCACCCACCCAAAUCUAUCCCCCUCAUACAGGUUACCCCUCACCCCUCCCCUCGAGGCAGCCCCCUCCCCACCCCAAAGGGCACCCCAGUGCACACUCCCAAGGACAGCCCAGCUGGGACGCCCACUCCGACGCCGCCCCCGAGCCCCUCCAUCGGAGGCAUGCCUUGGCGGACGCGCCUCAACUCCAUCAAGAACAGCUUCCUGGGCUCACCACGCUUCCACCGCAGGAAACUCCAAGUUCCUACACAAGAAGAAAUGUCCAGCCUCACACCAGAGUCUUCCCCAGAACUUGCCAAAAAAUCCUGGUUUGGUAACUUCAUCAACCUGGAAAAAGAGGAGCAGAUCUUCAUUGUCAUCAAAGACAAACCUCUCAGCUCCAUCAAGGCAGACAUCGUUCAAGCCUUUCUCUCGAUUCCCAGCCUGAGCCACAGUGUGAUCUCUCAGACCAGUUUCCGAGCAGAGUACAAAUCCACAGCCGGCCCCACAGUCUUCCAGAAGCCGGUGAAAUUUCAGGUGGAUAUCACCUACACGGAGAGCACGGCUGCCACUAAGGAGAAUGGCAUCUACUCUGUCACCUUCACCCUGCUCUCAGGACCCAGCCGGCGCUUUAAGCGAGUAGUGGAGACGAUUCAGAGCCAAUUGUUAAGCACACAUGACCAGCCUGGGGUCCAACAGCUGUCCGACGAGAAGAACGGCCAGGUGCCCUACCCCUCCGGCACGCCCUCCAAGCACUGUCCCUCACCCAUGCACGUCCGGAGGCAUGAGCCCGAAAAUAAUGACACCAAAUUCCCCGUGGCGGGCCGAGACAGAGCCAAGCUGUCGGUGGCGUCUGUGGAAACACAGGAGGAGUCUUAGAAUGAGAUGCUGUGUAGUUGAUCCAGUGUGAAGCCCAUCCCAGAAUCAGCCAGCGGCACAGAGAGAAUAUUCUAUCUGUACAUAGUUAGAUGUACAAAAUCAUUUAUGGACAUUUUUUGUAUGAAAUGGCUUUAUAUAGAUAGAAAUAUAUUGGGAGAAUCAACGUGAUAUUUUACAAACAGCAUACUGCACCUACAUCACAAACACACUUCUGUCUUUCCACCUCCCCCCUUUUCCAUCACCCAUCAUUAACCACCCCUCUACCCCACCCAUCUAAUACCUAGUGGCCCUUUACUCUGUUUUAUUUGCUCCCUUUGCUGCUUCUAACAUGUGUGAUGACCUGACUUGUUUCUGACACCAGGAAUUAUCCAGAAAACCUAUUAAAGUCCCUCCUCCUGCUCCAUCUGCCCUCCCUCGACCACCCCUCUGCCCCCCCUCGAGCGUGCCAAGAGAGACGGACAUUUGUUGACGGAGGAUUGCUUUUAGAGGUGCGCCAGGGGGAGGGAGGUUGCCAUGGAAACAGAUCCUUCAUGCAGACUUCUACCUUCAUCUUCCUCCGCGCCCCUACUCCACCUCUGGCAGCCAUCAGUAGAAGUAGAUGAAAAUCUUUUAGUGUUCCCCCCGUCCUAGAAACACACACGUGCACAACUCAUCCACACACAUCCCAACAAUCCAAGACAUCACACACUACACUCAACUACCAGCCCCUCCCUUUGUUUCUUCUCCUUUGAGUUCAAGGAGCAUUUCAUAAUUGGGAAACAAGCAUUUGUCAAAAGACACUACAUACAAAAAGAAAAAAAAAACAUACAUGCAUACAUGCACAGGUCCAGUAUGCACAGAAAACUCUGGGAUGUAUUAUCAAUGAUGAACAAAAUCAAAAAAAAAGAAGACAUGAGGAGGAGAGAAGGGAGAGGAGUUUUGUGGAAAGCCCAAACAGCCGACACGGACGCUUGCUGGAUUGUAUUUGUUUGCUUUUUAAUGUACUUUCUUUGUGAAGAACUGGGUUUGAAAUACUGACUUUAUUAGACUUAAUACUAUUGCUGCAAAACGGACUGGAAUUGUGAUUUCAGAGAGGAGCUGGGUGUGUGAAGACCAGGCAGGGGGCCAGUGGGGAAGAUGAAAUGAUAGUAUAGGGUUGGGGGGAGGGACGUGGGAGGGUAUGUGGGUAUUUAAAAAUGAAUGAUCUAUUCUGUUGUACAGACUGAUAUCAUUUCUUAUGUAAAAAAAAAUGAAAUGUCUAGUUGUGACACGAUGUUUAGAUACCAUAGGAACAGGUUGGUAAACCUGCGCCUGCCACAUUCUGUUAUUUUAAAUUCUUCUGUGUAUUUUUGUUACAUGAUCAUUUAUGUCUUUGUUUAAUUGACCUAAUAAUGAUCCAAACAUUCCUGUUCCCUGUUAUCUGCGGCACUUUGUCUUUGAUUUUCCAUUCAUACCUCUCUCUUCUAGUCUCACUUACCAGCAGUAGGAGUAGAGGAACAAAAAAAAAAUUUACCGUGAUAAAUGCAAUUGUGGAUAUUUUUGUAUUGUUGUCCUUAUUUAUUCAUGUUUGUUCAUCUCACUGUUUGAUUUCCUAAUUUAUUAUAACUUGGCUAUUUAUAUGAACAAAGCUGUUAGGUCAGUUGAAUGUUAUUUAUUACCCUCUUGUGUGUUCGUAAAUGGGACAACAUUUGAAGAAAAAAAUGAACUUUUUUCUUUUGUUUUGGUCUGACUUUAAACAGAAUUCUGUGAACUUUGACCAGUCACAAAUUCUCUAUUCCCUGAAAUGUCUAAUGAGGGAAAGAGAACUUGUGGAAACUUGGGAAAAAAAUGAUUUACCAGUAAUUUAAGAAUGUAGACUUAGCCUCUUUUGGGAGAGGAAAUAUGCUCUUCUAUUGAUAUUUGUCAGUUUCAUAUUAUUGUGCGUGUAGGCCAGGCCUGACGAGAAGGACACCACAGAUUCCAAUCUGCUUCUUCUCUUUGUAAAUAGACAGACAAACCGUGGGGGUUGAUUGUCUUCUCAACCAUGCUGGGGAUUCCUGCUCUAUGCUUUUAGCUUGUAUUGCUGUGUGCAUGUCAAACAUGAGCUUUUCUUUGCAUGGCUUUAGUGUUAUUGUUCCAUGCCAAACUCACUCCUUCUCUCAGCCUUCAUUGAUUCUCUCUCCACAAAACUACCUUUUAAAGUUUAAGCUCCCCGUCUGUCCCUUACUUUUCACCCUUUCUGCUUUUAUUUCUGGCCUUCUUUUUUUAUUGUCCCCUCGGCCCUUUUCCUUUCUCCUCCUCCUCCUUAUCUUGUGCACAAAGUUUUUGAACGAUGCUUCCUUUACUCUGUACCCCUCUCUGGAAGACUCAGAGGUCUGGGUUCUGUCUACCUGUUGGUAGAGGAGAUGCAGGGAGGGGAUACCAGUACUACAAACACAAAGCAAUACCCUGAUGUUCACCCUCCUUUUUGUUUUCUACAAUGGGAAGCCAGCAGCACUAAGGACAUCCAAUGAUUCUGAGGCCCAGAGGGGUCUUUUGACAGAGCAGGAACAAAACUGACUGAUGUAAUCCCCAUAUAACAUAACUGUGAGCAUCUUCAGUGCUGAAACAAAUAAACUCAUUCAGUUAUGGUG